GGAUACGUCAUGCCUGGAUGUGUCUUUGUUGAUCCACUAAAUACGGAGUACUCUGAUAUAAAGUUGACGUGCAUCGGCGCUGCCGGUACAAGGGCAUCGCGUUCUCCUUUACCUUCAUCGCCAAGACUUUAUCCAACAGUCAAGUCACGCCCACGAUCGUUAAUUGUGCUUUAUUUUCUCCAACUACCCGUCACUCGCUCUACGAAUAGAUCUUUAAUUUUGCUUUUUUUUUCAGAACCAACACAUACCAACAACUAAUCUUCAAAAUGGUUUCCUCUCUGGCCAUCCUCGCGCUCGCCUCGAGCGCCCUUGCCCUCAAGGUCACCUCGCCCGACUCCAACACCAACUGGAGCUCUGGUGAGAAGCACACCAUCAAGUGGGAGACCGUCUCCAGCGACCAGCCCACCUUCAACAUCUACCUUUCCAACAAGGUCACCUACCCGCCCACCGACGUCCUGCUCGCCUCCGACGUCAAGGCCAGCGACGGCUCUUUCGAGGUCGACAGCGGCAAGCUCCCCGCCGGCAACGACUUUACCAUCAACCUGACCAACGGCACCAAGACCGAGCAGAUCUACGCUCAGUCGAACCAGUUCAACGUCACCGGGGGUUCGUCUUCUUCCUCCUCCUCAUCCUCAUCCUCCACCACCAAGACUGCAUCUGGUUCGUCGACUGCCGUGUCGAGCACUGGUGCUGACUCUUCUGCCACAGCUUCGCCCACCGCCAGCGGCAGCGGCAGCACCACCAAGCCUACAUCGGCGGGUGCUUCCGGCGCCAGCUCGACUGCUUCGGGCACCGGCUCGGCCGCCAGCGCCACCUCUACCAAGGCUUCCAACUCUGCCAACGGAAAGAUGGUUGCCAGCUGGAUCGGCGCCGCCGCUCUCGCUGUCCUGGCUUUGUAAGCGGUUGAACAGUGCGGGUGAGAGGAUGGAGGGGGAGUUGUAGGGAUGGUCUAUUCUAUGUGUUUUCGGACUACAACCAUUAUCGCCACCGGGCGCAGGUCAUAUUAUCCAACUGUUCCUCAAGUCAAUUGGCGGUUUUUGGAGUAAAUAUAUAGAAUAGGUUAACCUGGAAAGCUUUUCUUCGA